GCAAUACGCAAUACAACGCAACACUAUCAACGCAACGUUACCAACCCGGCAAAGCACGCACACGCACGCGCACACGCACCAUGAGCAGCGAAUCCACGAAAUCGCAGGAGGAACGAGACGCCGCCCAAAAAAGGAGACGAUCCACCAAAAAGAAGCGACAAUCCAGAUCGUACGAUGCAACUGUUGCAGCAAAUGCAAAUGCAAACCCAAACACAAACACAAACACAACCAUAGACAGCGGAUCUGCGGAAUCCUCCAUUGCUUCCUCUUCGCAUCACCGCAGCAACAGCAGCAGCAACAACAACAACAACGUGUUGCACAACGAUCCACGACCGACUUCUCCGAAGCAGAAAUCGAAGCGAUCCCUCAAAAAGGGAAAGAAGGGCAGGCCCGCGAAAAAGGAGGGCAUCCCCCUCAAGUCGAGGGGAAGCAUGGAACGGAACACUUCGUCCGACAACGACAGCGACAGCGACGCGGCAGCGAUGCCCGAGGAAGACGAACACGACGAUUACAAAGACGAACACGACGAUUACAAAGACGAUUACGAACCCGAAGACGAACGCGAACGCCAAGAAGAUUUUUCGGUAGCCCCCAGCGGUGACGCCGCGGUCAAGAACGUCGUCACCAAGAAAUUCGACGACGUCUACCAGCGCGGCCGCAAGCUCGGCCUGGGAGCCUUUGCGGUGGUCUUCAUCGGAACCCACCGGCCCACGGGGGCCGAGUACGCCGUCAAGCAGAUCGACCGGUCGACGAUGUUCUGGGGAGACCGGGACGCCCUCCAGGACGAGAUCGACAACCUCAAAAUGGCCCGGGCCGGUCCCAACAUCGUUCAGCUCUACGAGGUAUACGAGGAAAAGGCCUUUUGCUACCUGGUCAUGGAGGUCAUGGAGGGCGGGGAACUCCUGGAGCGGAUCAUCGAAAAAAAGACGCCCUUCACGGAACAGGAGGCCCGGUCGGCCAUCCGCUGCGUCCUCAGAGCCCUGGCCUUCCUGCACGGCAACCGGGUGGCCCACCGGGACAUCAAGCCGGAGAACCUGCUGCUCAGCGAUCCCUACCACAAGGACCUCAACUCGCUCAAGCUGGCCGAUUUUUCCUUUGCCCGCCUGGUUCGCAGGCGCAACGACUGCCGGACGCUCUGCGGGACCCCGGGMUACCUCAGCCCGGAGAUGCUCGAGCGGUUCCCGGCCUACGACGUCAAGUGCGACGUCUGGAGCGUCGGGUGCCUCCUCUUCUUGCUCCUGGCGGGACACCUGCCCUUCGACGACGAGGACGACGACAUCGUCUUCGACCUCACCCGGGACGGACGCUUCGAGUUCCUCCCCGAGUGCUGGAAUUCCGUCAGCCGGUCCGCCAAGGAACUGGUGACCAAAAUGCUGACGGUCAAUCCCAAGAAGCGCURCUCGGCAUCGAGGGCCCUGCAGAGCCACUGGAUCGAGCACCCCGACGAGGAGUUCGAGCAGAAGCAGCUCAAGCGGCAGCACCGGAGGAACCUCCUGGAGGGGAAGCGCAAGCUCAAAACGGCCAUCAACACCAUCAUUACGGCCAACCGGGUCACCAAGCUCAACAAGGAUUUCAAGGACUACAUCGAGCGGCGAAAAGAAGAGAACCACAUAUCGAACAAGCUCGCAAAAACAAAAAACACCACCGGCGACAAGAAGGAAAAGAGGGCCAACUACGCCAAGCGAAAGAACGACUUUGUCGAGGACAGCCUCACCGGAAAGCCCUUUGAAGAUUUCUACGAGAUCGGGGACGAGCUGGGCGAGGGCGGAUACGCCUUUGUCUACCGGUGCAACCACAAGACCACCCGGAAGGUCUACGCCGUCAAGGAGGUCAUCAUCUCCAAGAUGGAGAGCGGGGGCGAAAACACCCUCAAGGACGAGAUCGCCGCCCUCAAGCUCCUCCGCGGGGGGGCCCACAUCAUCCGGCUCUACGACGUCUUUUACGAGGGCGACCACUGCUUCAUGAUCAUGGAGGAAAUGCGGGGGGGAGACCUCCUCUCGCGGAUCUGCGACAAGGAGGUCUACACGGAACGGGAGGCCCGGGGGGUCUGCAAGAUCCUCUUCGAGGCGGUACUCUACUGCCACCAGAAAAAGAUUGCCCACCGGGACAUCAAGCCCGAGAACCUGCUCAUGGUGGUAAGUCUUGUGCAUUGUGUUGCGUUGUGUUGUGUUGUGCCAAAUGGUGCGGCGCCUUUUUUUCUCCCCGUUGUUUUCCCCCGCCGGUUUGUAUGCUGCAACGAGGAUUCGAUUGCUGGCUGCAAGGAUUGGAAUGCGUGUUUUGCUUUGCUGUUUCUCACGAAACAAUUUCGCGUUUCCCGCUACAAAGGAGGCCGACGACGACACGAGCAUCAAGCUGGCCGAUUUUGGAUUUGCCAAGCGCGUCGUGGGGGAACUAUCCCUCAGCACGCUGUGUGGCACCGCCCAAUACGUCGCUCCCGAGAUUCUAGACUUUCAGGUCGACGGAUACGACGAGAGGUGCGACAUGUGGUCCGUCGGCGUCGUGACCUAUAUCUUGCUGGGUGGCUAUGCUCCCUUCGAGGGCGAACCCGACGAGCUGGCACAGUUCAUCAUCCGCGGGGACUACGAGUUUCACGACAAGUACUGGGCGGAUAUUUCCGAGUCGGCAAAGGACAUGAUCGCCAACAUGCUGCAGGUCGAUCCAUGGAAGCGACUGACGGCCGUGGAGGCCCUGAGCUGCGAGUGGAUGGGUUUGUCCCCGGAAGAACUGGCCUGCAAAGAUUUGGGUGGCGCGAAGGAACAAAUGGAGGAACAGGAGGACAGGAAGAAAAAGAUGAUGAGCAAGGAAUCCAUCGCCGGCAAAAAGGCCCUCCAGGCCCUCAUCACCACCAACAAAUUUCUCUCUCUGGGCCCCAUGGUCGGCGGAGCCACGUCCAAGGAUCCCGCCUCGGACCCGGACAAACUCGGUGUCGAAAAAGCAGCCGAAUACGACUUUGAGGACUGCUACGACUGGGGCCGUCAGAUCGGCGUGGGCACCUUCUCGGUUGUUCACGAGGCAAUCCAGCUGGACGACGGAGACACCUAUGCGGUCAAGAGAAUCCCCCGCGUGGAUUUGUGGGAAGACGACGCGGUGGCCUUGCAGAGCGAGAUCAUGUGUCUCCAGCAGGUUUCCGACUGCGAGUGCAUCGUGCAACUCCGGGAGGUCUUUGACGAGACCGAUUUCACGUACAUGGUGCUAGAAUUGCUGCCGGGUGGGUACCUGAUCGACAAGAUCAUCGAAAAACACUUUUACGACGAGCGAAAGGGCCUCGUUGUGGCGAAGCGGCUGAUCACGGCCAUAGAAUUCUGCCACUACCACCGCAUUGCACUCCGAGACCUAAAGCCGGAAAACAUCCUUCUCGUGGACGGAAGCGAUACGGAAGUCAAGCUUUCUGAUUUUGGCCACGCAAAAGUUGUCUACCAGCCAAAUUCCCUGACCACGGUUUGUGGCACGGAGGGUUUUGUGGCUCCCGAAAUCAUCGAGCACAGCCCCCAAUACGAUGUCGAGUGCGACAUUUGGAGCCUGGGUGUCGUCCUCUACAUCCUAUUGGGAGGAUAUAGGCCUUUUCGCGGGGAAGGCGAGGACUGCCUCGAAAAAAUUCGGUACGGAAAAUACCAGUUCCACAGGAAAUACUGGUCUCACAUUUCCGACGACACGAAGGACCUAAUUGCGCAGAUGCUGACGGUGGAUGUGGGCCACAGGAUCACGGCGGAAGAAGCACUGGACUGCGAUCUGAUCCGGGAAACACCGGACAGGGAACAACAAAGAAAACGCAGCGGCAAGAGCAAGAAAAUCAAAUACAAGAGCAGUAGCCACGCCAACGACAAAUGGGGAUGACUAGUGACAUAAUUCAAAUAUAUAUAUAUGGGAAAAGAAGUUUAUCUGUCUUUUCUAUGGUAUAUACCUCCUUUCUGUUGUCUCCUCCGCUUCGGCCCCUUUGUAUUUGUCACAGAAUGCGCGACUUCAUCACCAUUCCCCAAAUCUUUCGGGAUGACAACUGCUGGUUCUACGGUCAAYAGAUUUUCCUUGCUGCCCAAUAGACAGGUAGGAACAUAUGAUGCCUUGUGACAGUCCACAAGCCAGCGACGGAAUUCUUCGCGUUGGCUUUCAUUAUACGACUCCUGACCUCCAUCCAACCGGCUUGUUUGAAGCAAAGCCGUAUCCUUGUAUGGCCGGAGGAAACGUUCUUCGGUCCACAAUCCGAACAUGAAUGUGGGGAAAGUACAGCAUCCAACAAGAACCGCACCUCCGAGGGAUCCUUUCAAUGCAAGCGUCACCGAUGUCAAGAUCUGGACCCAAAAAACGAGAAAGCAAUCAAUCAGUAAAAAAAGAACAAAAUCCGCAGCAAAAAAGGAACUACCAAUAAUUCUUACCUGUGCCAUGAUCAAUGAAGAAAUUACUAUUUGAUGACAGAGUGGCCACAUCUCUCCACCAGUAUCGUAUCUUGGUCUGUAUACAAAGAUUAAGAGCCACCGUAGCAUCGGCUGAACUACAAUAAAGUAGAUGGUUGCAAUAGGUGCAACUAUCGGAACCAUGGGCGAUAGACCCACUAUGCACAGCAAGACGAUUCCAGAAUCUACGUAGAUGCGAUAAGGAGUCGGACCCCCCGCGCCCCUGUAGCGGAAAUCGUAUUGGAAUUACAUGGGUGAGCGUCGCGACCAGUGAAUAAAAAAUAAAGCAUGCU